CUGUAUGUGAUUAACGCUAGUUUGCUUCACACAUGCUCAGAUUUUUGCAAUGUUUUGCUUACUUUAGCGCGAAUCCACUUUAGAAAUUGUAAUUUAAUGUCGAUAAUGAAUUGAUUGUAUUUGUUGUAGUUAGAGGUUUGUCUUUAACAUGUCGGUUAGUUAAGCUUUUUAUGCAGGCAGUUUUCAGACUUGAUAACAUUAUUUCAGGCACUCGAGGAUUUGCAUAGCACCGAUGCGUACACUGAAAGUGUUGGGGUUGAUGUCAUGAUGUCUGUCUCUACUGUCUCUGAGAACGUUGAAGAUGAUGUGGAGUUUGUAUCUGAGGGCCCUCUGAGGCCAGUGUUAGAGUGCAUAGACCUGCUGAGUGAUGCUGAAGAUGAGGAUGGUGAACCUACUCCACAUACUAUUGAGGAGCAGGUUGACAAACAGAGAGCUCAUGCUGUGUCCACACUGGACAGACUGGCACGGCAGGUUGCUGUUGAGAAACAGGAGAGGGCUGAAAAGUGUAAAGCUUUUAAGGAGAAGAUGAUUUCACAGCAAGCACAUGGACGUCAUGAGCUGGCAGUCAGUCGUACUAACAGUAACUGUGAUGAUGCCAAGCGUUGUGUGGAUAUAUGGCUAAAAAUGCCAGGUUUGCAGCCGGGUGCCAUCAACUCCCAAUGGAGACGCAGAUCAGCUCCAGCACCUGCACCAGUAAGGUUUUCCCCUCAAACCUGCCCGGUCAUUAACUGCGGGAGAGUCUAUGACAACGCUCUCUUGCUUGAGGGCCAUCUUAAAAGGUUUGAUCACUCACCUUGUGACCCCACUAUAGCCCUGAAAGGCAGCCCUUCCUCUGUCUUUGCCUGUCUCUCCUGUGGGUGCCACUUUAACUCCAAAGAAUCAUGGAGAGAUCAUGUGGAGUCUAAGGUCUCGUCCUCUGAUGCUGAUGGUCACAGCAGAUCUCAGAGCUAUCAGUUGAUCGUAUGCUUCGCCUGUCCUGCCUGCUAUCUUCUCUUCAAUAUCAGGGAUGAAUGCCUUCAGCAUAUGUCAACCAAAAAUCACUUCACUCACUCCAUCUCGCUCUCUGAUGCAAAGACACCAGCUGUUCCUGUGCCAGUUCCACGCUAUGCUAAGAACCGUUUGAUCGCUCUCUGUAAGGAUAUCAGCUUCAAAGUCAAAUGCACAGUCUGCUCUGUAGUUCUUACUUCACAUAUGGAGGCAAAAGCACAUUUCAAUGUGCACUGCAGACAUGGUUGUGCUAUUGCCAUUGCGGAUCAAAGCGUCACUGACAUCAUGAAGAAGAUGGCGCUUGCGGGUCAAUGCUUCACAUGCCACAAACUCUUUCUCACCCUGGGUAAGAUGGAGGAACACAGAGGGCACACCAAACAUAACGUGAAGCCGAUCAGCAGUCUGGACAAAGCCCUUCUGUACUACAGCAACUACAGUGAAACCCGCAAUGCUCGGAAAGGCGUGGCGAAUCCUUCAAAUGAUACCUUGAUGUGGGGGAGCAAGAAGGAUCCCAAAGAUUCAGUGGUGCCGUCAGCUAAGCGACAAAGAACGACCAGCUUAGAUUCUCAAUGCAAACGGGAGAAAAGGUCAGGCCUCGCAUGGUUCUGCGAGUGUGGCCUACGUUUCACGGAGGAGUCGCAAGCGAGCAAGCACCUCCAGGCUGCCAAUCAGAUCUUUCACAAAUGUGCGGUCUGUGGGAAGUUAAUGGGCGAGUCGUCUAUAGCCCGUUUGCACAUGAGCAGGUUCCAUGGCGGCGCUCACCUGUCAAACUUCCUUUUCCACUGCAGGCAGUGCAAGGUCGAAUUGCCGAGGAUGGAAGACAUCAUGUCGCACGUUGGCGUAAGUCAUCGAGGUCACACCUACUACCAAGAAAGAGAAGAUGUCAUAGAUAACAGUGUCUCCUCUAGUACGUCCCCUAAACCUUCCACCAGUUCUGAAACCCAAACGAGCGGGCCAGCUAGUUCCACCUCCAACCCACCUCCGAAGGCCGAAUGGUGGCUUUGUCGAAUGUGCGAGGAUCUGUUCGACUCUGAGGCGGGGGUGCGUAAACACUGCAGCGAUCUGAGCAGUCACAGUUUCCAGAGGUUUGCAUGCGGCCACUGUCCACAGAAGUUUUUCAAAGAUUCAACCCUGCGCCGCCAUUGCGCCAACGAGCACGGCGGAGAUGUAGUCCUCCGGUUCUUCUGCGGUCUUUGCGAUAGCAUACUAUACAACAACGAAAGAGAGUUUCAGGAGCACUACGACAGUUUGCACAGCCAAGAUUUCUACCGCUUGGAAAAGGCUGAGAGUAAUUCCCAGGCGGCUACGGAAAGCACUGCCGAGAGUCCUCUGGCUUGUGCGGGUCCCUCCCGAGUCUGUCCUUGCAUUGGCUCGGAGAAAUCCAGAGAGGAACGAAAGGCCGUUUUCACAAAGUGCAUGAAACAGUUGGCCAUCGACAACAAAUGCGACUACGUGUGUCGGCAGUGUGACAGAAAGACGUCCACCUAUGCAGAGAUGAAGACGCAUGUGCUUAUUAAACACGAGGCGCUUGAGAAGAGUUUUGAUGUUCAGUGCACUAUAUGUUUAGAGAGCCACAAAGACGUGCCCAGUUUCCAUUCACACUAUCACAAGCAACACUGCCAGUUAGAGCCAUGCGCUUGCAACCGACCCAGCGACACAGACAAGAAAUCAGCAUCCAACUCCCAGAUACUCAAUGCACAGCCGAUCUUCAAAAAGACUAAUGCAGAGGAGUUUCAAAAUGUUAAAAGCAUCAGUGCAUCAAGUGUUCCCGAUGUCAAACAAGAGGUGACUGUUUCACGGGAUAUUGAAGAUGAUGAUGCGUUUGAUCGAGACAUGAAACUUGCUUUAGCUUUGAGUGCAGAGGAAGCCAGGAAGUCAAAGGAUCUGGACAUAGCUUUGCAUGCCUGAAGAGUUUUAUCAUUGUGGAGAUUGAAGAGGCCUUGAAAAGAAGUUUACAGGAGUUUUGAUUUAUUAGGACACAGUUUGUGCCAUUUUCCCCACUGAUUUCCAUACACUGUAUUUGUUAACAUUGUAUUUUUCUUUGUGUUGUGGUUGGUUUGUUUGUUUG